AUGUUCCGAGGAGCCGGCGUCCGUCGCGUUCCUUUUCGUCGCAUCCCGUCGUCGGACUUCAAGGAUUACGCGCGGAUCAGGAUAAACGCACUGCCGACUCGCAAACGUGUCAACCGCGGGAAAGCUGGUCCGGUUAGAUGCCGGGCCUGCGGCCUCGUGGAUGAGACGCUUGGCCAUAUUUCGCAGACUUGUCAGCGUACGCAUGAAUCCCGCAUUAUGAGACACGACUGCCUGGUUAAACGAAUCACAGGUGGUCUUCGGGAGAAGCGUUACGAAGUGGAAACGGAGCAUCUUUACAAGUUACAUGGCGGUAAUGUGAAGCCGGACAUCGUCGCAACGAUAAGCGACGAGACAAGAGGCCGCAUCUCCGUUAUAUGUGAUGUACAAGUCGUUUCAGGCUCCGACCCCGUCACUUGGCAUUCUAACAAACUCGAAAAAUACAACGAUCGAGCGGAUCUCAAAAACCGGGAUCCGCACCAGACACCUAUCGACCGAAGUACGAACGGUCGCUGCUACGCUGACUUGGCGUGGCGUCUGGGUUCCCGAAAGUUUUCAGGAGCUCAGAUCGCUUGGUUUGAGCCGAGGUCUUCUCGAGGGGCUCGUCACGCGAGUCCUCCGGGGGACGCAACUCAAUUGGUUUACGUUUAA